AGGACCCAAGGAGCGCGGGAGGCCGCUGAGGCAAUGGCGGUGCUUGACUGCGGGCUGUGGAGGAAGUGAAGCAGCGGCAGGAUCCGCCGUCAUCCGCGCUUCUCCUGCGGUAAACGCUGCCAGAUCCCUUUCAGAAUUAGGCUGCAACUUCUCUAAUCCCCGGCGGGAGGAGGCCAUGGCGUAUUUGUAGGCUGCCACACGCGCGGUGUUACCGAGGCCCUUGAGUGGACCGUUGCUGGGCGACGCCGGUGCGGGCGGGAAAGAGCUCUGUACAAGCAGGCGGGGAGGGCGCCGCGCUUUUUACACUUCUCUGGACAAUCUUGGCCGCAUUUUCACUUUGCCCACUGAUGGGAGGGGGGCGCCUAGCAGCAGCGGUAGGACGCGCGCUGCUUUUUCGCAAACCACGAGGGAGUUUUUCGUGCAGGGUUUAAGCUCGACCCUCCAUUGUUUUAGCCCACAUAACUUGCAAUACCAAGGCAGGUUUAUUGUGGAGGUGGAAGCCGCAUUGAGCGGGGUGGCACUUAUGUUUGAGUCAACGUGGAGAGGACGGUGUUGCUCUUUAUUUGUAAGAGACUUAUUUUUCUCCGCCCAUCCUACUGCACGUGUACUCGAAAGUGAAUGUGGUCAGGAUUCAUGCAGCCGUGCAGUCCUGUGCAUGUCUACUCAGAAAUAAGGCCUGCUAAAAUUGUUCUCCCUGACCAUGCCAUACAUCUUUUAAGUUGUCUAAUACUUUUUAAAAUAACUUUGGUGAGCUGGACUUUAGUCUAUAAAAUCUUAUAUCAUAAAAAUGUUUAAGUUUUUAACAUGCCACAAGAUAUUUAGUUGUUUUAGCUGCAGCAGAUUUAAUGGCUGCUACUCUGGGAAUGUCUGCUCCAUUGUAAUAUGUGAAUUUAUUAAGUAACAAAUUGUAAAAAGUGUUUGUAUCCCCUCCAGUGAAACUGCAAGUUGAUGUUGAUUCAUCAUUAAAAUUAGGAAACAAAUAUUUUCAGGGUGCCCGUUACUUUCAGUUUUAACACUUGCUUCCUUCAUAAGAACAUUUUGCUUUGUGGAAAGUUAGGAAGGAAAAACCACCUCGUUGAGGUUUUUCAGUCUGUGAAGUGUUCAUAUGAAGCAUCUCUCAAAUGGGUUUAACGUUCAAGUUUUCUCCACCAACUGGCAUUUAUGUUAAUGUGUGGUCAGAAUUGAACAAGUUUAAAAAAGCAUGCAUAGUGUAUUAACUGCUUGGUUUCCUUUUCUCAGCAGGUGAACUGAGGUGAAGUGAUAUCAAUCGACACCAUGUUCCUUUAUAACCUAACUCUGCAGCGAGCCACCGGGAUCAGUUAUGCCAUCCAUGGCAACUUUUCAGGUACUCCGUUAUGACUGAAAGCUUAGAUGAAAGGUGAAAGCAAAGUCUGACAUAGCAUGUAUUUCUGCUGAAGUUGUAUACCUGCAAUUUUGUUUAGAAUGGCAGUGAUACUAUUUCAGGAUUCUUGUAGAAUAUGGGAUCUCAACUUUGUCAUAUUUUUCUGGGCCAAAUAAACUAAGUUUUCUGAACCUCUUCAGACAUCAGGCAGUGGUUAGGCUUGCAACAUUCACUUUUCUCCUUGGCUUAUCAAAAGGCAAGGAAGGGCAGGGUUAAGUGGCCACACAUCAUAGCAGAGCAAUAUGCUUUUGAAAAGUAAGCAACUUGUCUGUUGACCUCUAAUUCUGAUUCAAGAUUUGGCAUUCUGAUUUCUGGUCUGCAUCACAAUUUCAGAAUGACUACUUAUGUGUUCUCUCUGUAAAAAGUGGUCACAACUCAGGUAGGGAAAACAAACCUACAAGGCACUUUUGAAUUUGUAAGCAGCAAUGGGAGGUUUGAUAGAGAAGUGCUGAUGCUUUGGCCAUCUUCCUCUUCGACUGAUCAGGUUUUUCUUUUCUUUUUAGGUACCAAACAACAAGAAAUUGUUGUUUCUCGAGGCAAAAUCUUGGAGUUGCUUCGUCCUGAUCCGAACACAGGAAAAGUUCAUACUUUGCUGACAGUGGAAGUCUUUGGAAUCAUUCGUUCUCUCAUGGCCUUCAGAUUAACUGGUGGAACCAAAGACUACAUUGUGGUGGGCAGUGAUUCAGGUCGCAUUGUUAUCUUGGAAUAUCAGCCCUCAAAAAAUGUGUUUGAGAAGAUUCACCAGGAAACCUUUGGCAAGAGUGGCUGUCGCAGAAUUGUUCCUGGACAGUAUUUGGCUGUGGAUCCUAAGGGGCGAGCUGUCAUGAUCAGUAAGUUGGGAUGGUUGUUUUCAGUGGUAGCUGUAUAAUAAUGUUGAAUAACUGAAUGGGAGAAAUGAUUUGGAUAAGAAACAUUGGUUGGUUUUUCUAUCCUUGGUUUAGGUUUUGAAACUGCUCCAAUCAAAAGUGCUUUUAUUGGCGAUCCCAGUGCAACUAGAUCUGUGUUGCAAUUGGGAACUGAGAAGUUGUGAGUUUCCUUAGGCUAUCUAAGUGAGUUUGUGGUUGAGUUGAUAUUUAGACCAGGGAUUCCCAGUUUAUACUCUUAGCCACUCCAGCUAGAUUUACUCAGCCAAUCAGGGUGAUUCCAUGUUACGAAGAAUUUGUUGGAAUGUAGUAUAAUUCAAAAUACUUUCCUGCUACCCAUUUGGUACUUGAUGUGGUUAUGUGUAUGACUGCAGAAAACUGAACUAGAAACUGAAUUAGAAAACUGAACUAGCUAAGUUUGCUUAAUGGGGUGUAAGUGGAGCCUUCUGUGGGUGUCAGUUUGAAGAAAAGCACUUGAGCCCUAUAUAUCUGGUGCAACAGUUUUCUCUUCCCUGAAGUGAUGAUUAGGAAUUCAUGUCUCUUCUCUGACAUAAGACAUGGAGACAUUUGGAUCCAAUUCUGAUCAGGUUCUCAUCAUAAAUGCCCAUUUUCUUUUGCAUGCAUCAUGCCAUUUUUUUUAAAGCUGAAAUGUAAUUUUGUUUUUUGUUUUUUUAAACCCAAUUCUGCUGUGGUUCAACUUCUAAUGUUAAACUGGUUUAGUGUUACAUCUGAAUGCAACUACUGGUUCUUCCAACAGGAAAGUAGCAGGGGAAAACUGCUGUGCCUUGAGAGGGCUGCAAGGCCUGCUUAUGCAAGGGUAGGGAUUGGGCACCUUAAGCAUUAAAGUGCAGACAUCUUCUGCUUCUGUAUUCCUAAUGUUCUCUCUGUCUAUCUCUUCAUAGGUGCCAUUGAGAAGCAGAAGCUAGUGUACAUUCUGAACAGGGAUGCCGCAGCCCGACUCACAAUUUCUUCCCCAUUAGAAGCGCAUAAAGCCAACACCUUGGUUUACCAUGUAGUUGGAGUAGAUGUGGGGUUUGAAAAUCCCAUGUUUGCCUGUCUGGAAAUGGAUUAUGAGGUAUUGAGGAAUUCGUCUCUCUGGUGACUCUUCCCUGCUCAACUGUUUGUGUGUCUCUUAAAAAAAAUGCAACUAACACCUUGUUGACUCCUUUGUCAACAAAGUCAACUGUCCAUCUUCAAGUUCUCCAAUAUGCUUAGUAUGCCCUUCUUAUAAAUAAGCUGUCUUUCAUUGUAUUCUCCAUAAUACAGCAAAAUAGAGAUUUCUCUGGAUGGCGUGGAGGAGGCCUCCAGUGCAACCAUGGGUUAGGUCCCCACUAUCAGAGUUAGGCAAGUCACAUGACUGAGUACAUAAACAGAUCAGAAGGGCAAGGAGGGAAACAGGCCUUGGUGGGCAAGCAAGCGAUUGCGGAGAGCAAGUGCUCUCCAAAGGUGCCCAAGUCCUUGACUUUGGGCUUAGAGAGAACACAGCCUAAGAUCAGAGGGCACCUCACCUGAAUUUGUACUAGUAGUUUGUUCUUAAGGUAAAGGUAAAGGGACCCCUGACCAUUAGGUCCAGUCAUGACCGACUCUGGGGUUGCAGUGCUCAUUUCGCUUUAUUGGCUGAGGGAGCCGGCGUACAACUUCCGGGUCAUGUGGCCAGCAUGACUAAGCCACUUCUGGCGAACCAGAGCAGCGCACGGAAACACCGUUUACCUUCCUGCCGGAGCAGUACCUAUUUAUCUACUUGCACUUUGAUGUGCUUUCGAACUGCUAGGUUGGCAGGAGCAGGGACCGCAACCUUCUGAUUGGCAAGUCCUAGGCUCUGUGGUUUAACCCACAGCGCCACCCGCGUCCCUUGUUCUUAGUGGCAUAUUAAUAACAACAACAGUAUUACUAUUUGUUGUGUAUAUAGUGUCAUUUAUGCACCGGUAUGAUGUAUUCCUGUAACCGAAGAGAUUUCCAUUCUAAAACAGACACAGGGAAACAGUAGAGGAAUUGGGGAGGCAGGUGGAGAAUGUGUGUUUGUUAUUUAAGUUAUGUCAGCUCUGGAUACAUGUGGGACAGGCACUGUAAGACAGGAGUUGUAUGGAUGUCUCUUGAAAUGCUUUGAGGUGUUUUUAUUGGUUAGUUUGAUUAUAAGUUUAUAUUAGAGGUCUCUGUACUUCCCUUCACCAAAAUGGUCACAGGGUGGUUUACAAAGAACAAAACAUAAUUUUAAUUUUUAUAAGUAAUUCUUAUAUAUUACGUUCCAUUGAUUUUGUGGCAAUAGGGUCAGUUGCUGCACCAGAUAAACAGGUAGGUGGCAGACUGAAUAAUCAGUUUCUGAACUAUUGGAUAUUUAAAUUUUUUAUUCAUGGCAGUUUUUCUUUCGGGACCUUCACUUACAGUGCAGGCAAACCUUUUCAGUCUGCUUUAUUACUCUUAAUUUUUUCACUUUAUUAUGAACAGUUAUGUAGUAUUCUUCAGUUGAAAUUUCCAGGACAGCUUACGUUAAAAAUGCAUCCAAAUGUAUGUUUUCUUACGAGGCAGAGUAUGACACUAAUUUAUUGUUGGUACAUGUAUUGUUUUCCACAGGAAGCUGACAAUGACCCCACAGGAGAAGCGGCAGCCAACACCCAGCAAACCUUGACAUUUUAUGAGUUAGAUCUGGGUUUGAACCAUGUUGUCAGGAAAUACAGUGAACCCUUGGAAGAACAUGGCAACUUCCUCAUUACAGGUACUGCUACCAUUUCCAGUCCUUUUAGGGAAAAGGCAUUAUCCUAAGAUGUCAGAAAGAGAACUGCUUGAGACAAAUGCACAUUUUCUGUAGGCUCAAGCUAUACGAUACUUGAUGAAUGAAAAGUACAUAUCCUUGAUAGUUGCUUUUGUGCCAUGCUUUACAAAAGUGCAACAAGUAUUUCCAUUCUAUGCUCUACAUUGGAAACCUAAAGCAGGUUAAGAAGUGGAGACCUCAGAAACCAUCAGAUUCAUGAAAGCUCACCAUAUGUAACCCUCUCACUCCUGUGCUUUUCUUUGCUACCCUGAUGAUUGUCUGCACCUUAGCCCAAACCUUGACAUUGUCUUAUUGCAGCAGACAUUCAAACACGAAUACAUUACUACCAAGUAGUCUGGGAGCCAGGCCAAUACUGGACAGGGCAGGAUUGGCAGAGGGGCAGCCAGAGUAGGAGAGCUGGCUUGCCACCCAGUUGGGUCAUGCUGUUGAAAGAAACACCGGAUAUUUGCAAGUCCCUUCUUGCUUUCAUUUCCUCUGCUUGAACACAGACUCCUCUUCAGCCUGAAAAUGGUGGCAAACGUGCAGUUUUUUCUCAAGUGUACCUUGGGUAAAUCAGUUCCACAAGAACCAGACGAAACUAUAGCUGCAGCUGCUCUUCUUCAGCUUCUUACAACAUGUUUCUUUUAUUCGUCAGUCCCUGGAGGUUCUGAUGGUCCCAGUGGAGUGCUGAUUUGUUCUGAAAACUACAUCACCUACAAAAACUUUGGUGACCAACCAGAUAUCCGAUGUCCCAUUCCCAGAAGAAGGGUAAGGAUCUUGUAGCUGUUUUCACCCUAAAGGAGUAUCCCAGUAGCAUUCUCUGGGCAGCUGAAAAAAUGGUUCACCUUUCAGGUUUGGCCAGAAAACACAGCAUUUGUAUGAAGAUGAAUGCAUUAUUAACAAAGCUAUGUAGGCUUCAUUGAGGUCCUUAGUGAACUUGGGCUUCCAUAGAGUGGGGAGUGGGUCUUCCCAUGCCACACCUUACUUGUUAACUCCUUUUCCAUAUCAGCUAGUAAGAGCUGGCAGCAAAAGGUUGACUUAUGAUUUUGCAAAAUUCUCUCAAUGCUCAUUAUCUUGCUAAGACUUUUAGGGACCAUUAGGAAUUUGAAUCUAUGUAACAAUAUAUCUGAAGAGUCCACAAGGGACUGUGCUGCCUGAGCUAGGCAGGCAGGCCACCAUUGCCACCUCCAGCAGCUGUACUGGUAGACUUUGCAAUAAUUGUGGAUGAGGUUGCUCUAGAAAGUUCAUACUCCAUCACCACUUUGUCAUAACUGUGGAAAAUACUCUUAAACAGUAUUUACUUUCAUCACAGCAAAAUGGCAGCAACGCAUGCACUUUGCAGGGUGAUCUUGCCCACUGUGCCUUAUUCUGAGCAAGGUGUGAGAUAGGCACCAAGGAGAGCAUUUGGGUUAUCCUUGCUUUAUGGGAGGAAGGACCCAGUUGGAUGGCUAGCAGUAGUAGCAGCUGGUGAUGGAGGCAGGUCAUUUGAGGGUAGGGGUGCCUAGUCUUCAGCCUGAGCUAAGUGAAUCAGAAGAGUAGAAGAGUUUGGAUUUGAUAUCCCGCCUUUCACUCCCUUUAAGGAGUCUCAAAGCGGCUAACAUUCUCCUUUCCCUUCCUCCCCCACAACAAACACUCUGUGAGGUGAGUGGGGCUGAGAGACUUCAGAGAAGUGUGACUGGCCAAAGGUCACCCAGCAGCUGCAUGUGGAGGAGCAGAGACGCGAACCCGGGUGUAGAGUGGCUCAUUAUAGGACCAGCCACAAAAAUAUUAAUUUCCUAGUAGCUGAAACUAUUAUGAUAGAAAUUAUUACUUAAGUAUGGAAGUACUGCUAAUUGUAAACUGAAAGUGAAAACGCUGUUGUGGCUUGAUGUGAUGAGUUGAUGUCUCUUCUCUGAUGCUUAUUGUGGAGAUGGCAUUUCUUUCUGAUCAAGCAUUGUUGGUGAUUACGUACUUGGUGCUGUGCAGGACACAGAAGACACUGUCUAGAGGUUUUUAAAUUGCAAAUCUAUAUUAGACAGUCAGAGACAUUACUGAGAGAGGACUGUACCUCCCGUCUGGUGGAGUUGGGGUACAGUCUCCUUUGUUGCGACUUCCGGGUUAGCGCCAUCGCCGAAUGGCGGACUCCCUCCGAGCUCCGGAGGGAGUCUGCUCGGCAGGGGCUGGGUCCUACCGCGCCGGCGACGCGGGGACCCUUAAAAACCACGGGCACGGAGUCCGUGGACAUGGGUGACUCGGCUUGCACCAUUAGCGCCCUCCCGACUCGUGAAGGAGCCUUUUAAAGGCUUCGGAUCGGGUGCCGGGAGUGGCGUGGUGCUUUGAGUCCACUGCUUUCCUGCCGAGCGCAGCCGCAUGCCAUUCGACGGAGAGCGCUGACUUCUUCUAUUGAAAAUUUGGACUAUUAACAACAACCCGUGAGUAAUUGGGAAACCGGGUUCAAAAUUUUGGAUUUGGCACGAGCGGGGCGAUUUAAAAGGAAGUCAAUCCCCCUAUUGUAAGCAUUCCAAAACAAGGACUGGGUAACCAAGGUCCAAAGGGAAGUAUGUCUCUGAUAAAAAUCAUUAAUUUCACGAUGGGAAAUUAUAAGAAAUGUGCUGGAGGAGAAGAGUGGAGGGUGAGAAGAAAAUGCAACCCCCCCCCCUGGGAACCGGGGCGAUUCGUGGAGCCUGGUGAAGAGAGACGGAGACUUUGACAGCUGUCAAAGUGGCUGUCAAAGCUGGAGAAUAUAAAGAGGACUUUAUGAGGACCUUGCUGGUAAAUUUUGCUACAAUUUGCUAUAAUAUGGAUAUAAACUGUUGGAAAAUAAGCAACAAUUUGACUUUUGGAUUAGAGGAUACAAAGUUAUUACAAACCCCUAGAGGGGUUUCAGGAUACUACAAGAACGGUCGUAAGUGGAAAAAUACCCUGGGAUUCGCACAGGAUUUGUUAUCUUCUGGGAAAGCUGCAAAACUGAAAGAGUAUUUUGUCUACAGAGGAAGACAAUGGAAUUUUUAUUGAAGAAAGAAAGGGACUGGACGUAAGUUUUGUUCCUGAAUAACAAACCUCUGCAGAGACACUAGAUUUCUGAAUUAGAAAGUUUUAGCAGCUGAACAGGACAAGAAACCUGAGAAAGUGAGGAAUAAGAAGAAUAAAGGACUGAUUACGACACGGAAAGAACAACGGGAGGAGUGGUAAAGAUCAAGGAAAUUAAAGGCCUUUGUUAGAUUGGACAUUUGAAGUCAAAUAUUAUUUAAAUUAAUAAACUAAAAGAAAACCGGCAAGAUGGAAUCGGGAGAAAUCUGGUCAUGAAAUGAGACUUCCAAGCUGAUAAUGUAUAGACUGAUGGACAUGGGGAAUUCAAACCGGGAAGGGGGGAGAUGUGAAAUCCAAAGGCUGUGUAACCAUUUUUUGAACUUUUCUAUAUCUCUUAUUUUCUAUUUCUUUACAUAACUUACGCAUGUUAUUUUACUUUGAUCGGACGUGUUUAAAAAAAAGGGAAUUUGUGGAAGGAACUGGGGUGGAUCUUGGGGAAAAUCUUUUUUCUUAUUCUGUUAAUGAUGUGGGACGGUGGUAAGAUUUGUACAAUUCAAUUUGGAUAGUGGGUUAAACAAAUUAAGCUUUAAAUUUGGGAGUGAGAGCUUGUAGAACCAAACUAAGGAAAGGGGAAUACAAUUGGGGGGGGGAGGGGGGGGAGUUCCAGAAAGUAGGGAAUGAAAGUAAGGUUUUUAAAUAUCUUCUUUCUUUUGUCUUUUUUCUUUGUACUUUUAUAUUUUUGGAAACUUUAAUAAAUAUGAUUUAAAAAAAAAAAAAAAAAAAAGUCUCCUUUGUUGCUUUAGCCUUCAGGCAGCAACUACAAAUGGUCCUCUUUCAGAGGGUGUUUGAGACCCUUGAGCUGCAGUUUUAAGGUUCAUGUUUUUGUUCCACUGCAAACCAUUGCUUUGUCUGUUCUUUUUGUUGGUAGUUUAAUUUUAUGUUUUAAUGUUUACUUGUAAGGUCUCUUGAGGUGCUUUGACAAGAGUUGGGAGAUAUAAUUCAUUUAAUAAAUAGAUCAUGUUGGAAAUUGAUAUGUGAGGGUGGGGGGGAGGGAGAGCUGGACCCAGGGAUCGUGAGUUUUAUAGCUCCUGCAAGGCCCAGCGAAAGAAGCGAGGGAAGUGGCUUGAUGGAGGGGUCAGGAGCAGCAUCCCAGAAGGGCCCAGGAAGGAGGAUUAGCAGGAGAAGAACUUCCCCAGAAUGGAAGGAAGCAGUGAGGGAAAGCUGCUAUAAAGAGGGGUGAUAUUUGCAGUAGGGGGGAAGCCAUUAACAAAGGUGAUUUCUAACUAUGAUUCCAUUAGGGCAGCUUCUGCCUUUGAGUCUGACUUGCUGUUCUUUCUGGCAGAAUGACUUGGAUGACCCUGAAAGAGGCAUGAUUUUUGUCUGCUCUGCUACACACAAGACCAAGUCUAUGUUCUUCUUCUUGGCUCAGACUGAGCAGGGUGACAUCUUCAAAAUCACCUUGGAGACUGAUGAGGACAUGGUACGUCUCCCGCUGUGUUCAUGAAUGUUUGCUUGUUUGUGUGUGUGUGUGUGUGAGAGAGAGAGAGAGAGAGAGAGAGAGAAAUGUUUGCUUGUGUGUGAGGGGGAGGGAGGGAGGAAGAAUGGGUGAUGUGUGAACUUUCACAUCCAGCUCAAGCAGUAACUCAUUUGUGGUGGUUUCAGGUAACAGAAAUUCGACUCAAGUACUUUGAUACAGUUCCUGUUGCUGCUGCCAUGUGUGUUCUGAAAACUGGGUUCCUUUUUGUGGCUUCUGAGUUUGGAAACCAGUAAGUGAAAUCUCCGACUUCUUUCUGAAGGGUUGCUGAAUUUUUAUGCUUGGUACUGCUGUUGAUGUUCUGCAAAGCACACAUGCAGUUCUGACUGCCUUUCCUUCUCUAAAUCUGGAAAUUGUUCAAGUUGUGGCCGAAUCUCAGACCCUUGCGACCAACCACAGGUAUGGCCUGCCUGGUUGGUUUCAUCUUGCUAAUUUCAUCAAGGAGUGUGUCAAUGUCCUGUUUUCAGAAUCUUACAGCAAGCAUGGGUGUUGUGGGUUAUUAUGUUGGGAUAAAAUUUUGGAUUUGUUUAGCCAGUGAGGCCCAAACACGUCUAUACACAUAUAGCUCAUGGUGUGACAUUUUAUUCACAGAAAGAGAAAGGAUCUGGGGCAGAGAGCAUAUUGUAUUGUUUGCCCUUUCUACAGAUAGACCAGGGGUAGUCAACCUUUAAUACCUACCGCCCACUAAUGCAUCUUUCUUGAUGGUAAAAUUUCCUCACCGCCACCAGUGCUUGAUGGAGGGAGGAUUCAGUUUGUGCUGUAGAACCCCCUAUCGCCCACCUAGAAUCCUGAAACGCCCACUAGUGGGCGGUAGGGACCAGGUUGACAACUCCUGAGAUAGACAAAUAAGGAAGUGAAGAUGUGUCUUAAACUUGGCCCCUCAUCUACUCUCCUUUGUCCUCAAAGUGUUUUCUUCAGCAAGCAGCCCUACAUCUUGGACAUAAUUGAAAUAGUAAAGCCUGGAGUGGGGAGGAAACGGUCCAGUUUCAUCAGAAGUGGCCCUCUUCUCUUUGCAGCUACCUCUAUCAGAUUGCUCAUCUGGGGGAUGAUGAUGAGGAGCCAGAGUUCUCCUCUGCCAUGCCGUUGGAGGAAGGAGACACAUUCUUUUUCCAGCCUCGGCCUCUCAAGAACUUGGUGCUGGUGGAUGAACUGGACAGCCUGUCUCCCAUCUUGUGUUGUCAGGUACGCUGUGUGCUUUGUCCCAUAGCUUGUGACAAGCUGCUGGGUUCUGUGCUGACCUCUGAUGCUGGACAUUGCAUAGCCCACUAGACCUUGAGAAUAAUUCCAAAAAUGGUAUAAGUCUCCAAAACUCCUUUAGAUCAGAAACGCAAAGCAGGUGAGUUAGUUCUUUGUCCUGUUUGUAUUUCACUUUUCCUCAGAGUUGCUUAGCGCAACAUGCCUGUCCCUCCUCUUCCCACCAUUUAUUUUCACAGCUGCUACUUUGGGUUGUAAGUUAGGAGGUGAUACCCCUAUGAGAGAGUGUCUGACUUGGUGGGAGUUGUAUCCAGUGCACUGCACUCUUCUGAAUUUUGCCACUUUUAAUUUUGCACAGGAUUUGUUAGGGGCCCAGGACUUAACACUUUAUGCGCCCCCAAUAGUUUGCAAAGUGGGCUAGCAUAAUAUUUUCUUAAAUUGUGCCAGCUGUGGGUCAUUUUGCAGCAUUUUUACGGAAGUGACUAUCUGAAGGGAGGGAAUUUUGUCAGGAGAGAGCCCACUCCCAGUGGGAGCAGUCAGAAUUUAUUUAUUUUUAAAAGGUGAAAUUUGGGAGAGGGAUGGCUUGAAGGCCACAUUUUUUUUUGCCAAUCCUGCAUGACAGUGGGGGAUCUAUGGAAGCAGUAGGUUUUUUUAAAAAAGGCCUAAAAUAUUGGAGGUCUUGAGUGGAAACAAAAACCCUUUGGGGGAGCCACUUGCGGCACCUGAUUUAUAAAAAGGUAAUUUUAUACAAAACACCAAAAUGUAAAUUAAUACUUUAAAAUACCUCACAAAACUUCAAGCCUUUCAAAAAACCCACAUAAUUGGCAAACCAAAGUUAAUGGACUAUGCUGAAAUGUAAAACUAACUGGAAAGCUCAGAAAUCAAGACAACAAGAAAUUUAAAAAAGAAUGGGAAAUGUUUAUUAUGUAUUUGCAAAAGUAUUGUAAACAGGUUAAUACAUUGGCAGGAUUUUAAAAAUACUUGAAAUUAAAGAAAUAGUACAGGAAAUCUGAGGUAAAAAAUAAUAAUUUGGAGUAGAAAUGAUAAUGCAGCUGAAAAGAAAACUAAAGGAACGGGGUGGGAUUUUAUGGAUUUGAUAUUGUUUAUAUAUUUUCUUUGUGGUUGUUAUUGUGUUGUUGUUGUUUGUUAUUUUUGUUGAAAAUUUAAUGAAUAUAUAUAUUAAAAAAGCCUAGAUAUAAUUUUGAAGGGAAAUCCGAAAAGUUGAAAUCUGAAAAACAUGGAGUAAAAGGUUGGAAGAUGAGCUCUUCCAUAAAAGUUUGCUCCAACCGUGAGACUAAUUCAGGGGAAUAUCUUCCCCACUUGAUGUCAUUUGCCAUUAGUUAUUAACGCAGAUUACCAGUUUAUCAAGUGGCAAAUGUGGGAACCUUUGCCGCAAUCACAUAUGCAAAUGGGAGUAAAAUGUUGUAGCUCUAUUUAUGAUGCUUUGAAAGUGAUAACUGAUCUUAAUCAAACAACCUGUCACUUUUCCUCUCUUUCCCCUGCAUCUUGGCUGCUUUCUGUGCAGAUAGCUGAUCUGGCUAAUGAAGACACCCCUCAGUUAUAUGUGGCCUGUGGGAGGGGGCCUCGGUCUUCACUGAGGGUCCUUAGACAUGGACUUGAGGUAAGAAGGGCAGGACAUGAAGAGCAAAGCCAUUCUAGAUCUUCCUCUUGGGUGAAACCUUUUUUAUUAGAUGAGAAUGGAUUCACUGGUGUAUUCUGAAGCUGAGUAGAGCUAGAAGAGGCAUAGGCAAACACUGCCCUCCAGAUGUUUUGAGACUACAAUUCCCAUCAUCCCUGACCACUGGUCCUGUUAGCUAGGUAUGCUGGGAGUUGUAGUCCCAAAACAUCUGGAGGGCCGAGUUUGUCUAUGCCUGGGCUAGAAUGUCAGCCUAACUGAUCUCACAGUUUGUUUGGAUUUUAGAGCCAGGUGGGUGAAUCACCUUUGCUGCACUGUGAGAAUAUCAUAAGAAGUCAUAAAUAGCAUGUGCAUUGGGGAUUUUGGAGAAAUAUACUGAGCUAGAUUUUCCAGUGGUUGGGUUCAGUGUAAAGCAUUUUUAUAGUGGUUGAAGGACAGAAUAAUUCUUUUGUUUUCUCCUGUGUAAUAGUAGUAACUAGGUCCUUUUUAUUUGGUGGAGAAAAGCUCUGUUUUAAGCUUUUUAGCAUUAAUAAAUAUGUCUUUCUCUAGGUAUCUGAAAUGGCCGUCUCAGAGUUGCCUGGUAACCCCAAUGCUGUAUGGACAGUGAGGAGGCAUGUUGAAGGUAGGAGUUCUUCUGUGAUGCAAAUGCAGCGGUAAAUGGCGCAUUGAAUUUCAUUGUUCAUCUACAAGUCACCUUUCUUGGUUCAGCUAUCUUUGCCUGGAGAGCAUCUACCGCCUCAGGAUUAUGACUUUCAUUCUUAAACUGGAGUAAGCACAAAUGUUGCGUGAAAAUUGCACAUACAAACUAGGAGAGAAAAUCUGCCUGUUUGUAGGUUUUUAGGAGCCCCUCCCUGCUGAGAGCAGGAGCACUGACAGUGCUGUUGCUCCUCUUGCUAUGGAUGUGGUGCAUUCUGUUCAGUGCUCUCAUGGCAGUGUUGCCUUUAAGCUCACUGUCGUGGCCUUUCUUGGUGUCUCUUAGUAUAUGAUCAUGAUCAUUACCACUCAUGGUGUUCCUUCAGCCUCCACCCCCGCCUUUCACUGAAAUUGUCUUUGCCAUACAGCCUUUGGUAUCUUAUGUGCUACUACACCUUCUGUGUGUUCCUGGAAUCUCUGCUGGCGCAAUGAACCUGGGCGGCUGUCCUGGGACAUUCUGUCUUGGGGUGUAUUAUUGCAAUAGAACCUGACCUGUCUGUGGAAGAAGAAGAGGCCUUAAUGCACAAUCCUAGGUUUAUGGUGGUAACAUGAUUAUUUUGCUCAAAAGCUCCAUGUGCAGCACAAUUAUGACUCUUUAUACUACAUCAUUUGCUUAAUCAUGAAAGAGUAUUGUGCUUUUUUGGAAUUAGGGGAAGUUGAAAUGCCCUUCCCUGAAGGCAUGUCUGAGAAAUAACCAGGUACUCCUCUUGACUUGCUUUUGCCAUUUGCUGAAGGCCCUUGUUCCUCAUUUUGUGUGUGUGUGUGUUUGUUUUUGUUCAUCUAUUAAUCCGUCCUCUGUGAUGGAGUAAAAAGUGUAUAUGGUCUUCAGACAGGACAUCGUGCUGUUCUCAGCUGUCCAGCUAGCACAGAACUCUGGAAAGCGAGGACCUGUUUUGAUCAGCCUUUGUGUAUUUUCAGCAGUUCAAGAUUUGCUCUGAAAAUGCUUUCCUGACCUGCAAGGGUUGCUUGUCAUUCACAUGGCUGGUGGUCAGAAAAAAAAAUGCCCCUGUGAGACUUUUCCCAGACAGUAGCUGGUUUUUCAUGGAGUGGAACUUAGAAUCUUAGAGUUGGAAGGGACCCAAGGGCCAUCUAGUCUAACCCCCUGCAAUGUAGGAAUCUCAGCUAAAGCAUCCAUGACAGAUGGCCAUCCAACUUGUUCCAUGUGUGAAAAUAAAUUUAUUAUAUGUGGACUUCAGUGCCUCAUAAAUGUUUGGGUGACCCAAGUGAGUCCCAGCUCUCACAUUACAGUGUAGUUGAGUAGAAUACAUUGGUCAGGAGGAGAGCUUUACUGGUUCAGUUUUGUAUCAUGCACAAGGUUGUUUGAUGCACUUAGUAUUUAUUAAUGGCUCCCUCUAACCAGGUGUGUGCCAGUUUUCACCGUGUAAUGUGUUAAUGCAGUGGCUUGGUGUCCAAAAAAUGCCAAGCUAUGGUUUCUUAAACCAUGGUUGGGUUGUACCCUGCCCAGUGGCUUAACUAUGGUUUGUUUACUGCCAACAAACCACAAUUUGAAGCUGUGGGUUCUUGUUGGCUUUGGAGCCUUGUUUAGUUUUUAAUUAUGGCUUGCCAUUAUGUAUGAAUCCACCACAUUUCCUCAAUUACUAUUUCUUUGGUCGCCUCACCACCUCCUCAGUAAGCUACUAAGCCACAAAGACAUGCGGCAAGAUCAGCUUGAAAAGAAACCAAACUUGGGAAAAGAAAGCCAUGGUUUGUUUUAUUAUCUGUGGUACAACUUGUGCCAUAUACACGGUCAAACAAGCAAUGGCUUCACUUUCUGUUCAAACCAGGCCAGUAGUACAAAACUGACUUGGUCAUAAUGUGGUAAUCCUGCCUGUGUCUGGCUUGUGCUUCUAAAUUCUGCAUUCUCUCAUGUUACAUGUGUACCAUAUGAACCCCUUCCAAGCAAAAACUAACCUUGGCUGGUAUGUGGUUCCUGCUACUACCAAUACCAAGCCUUCUUUUUUCUUCCACAGGUGGCUGGUGGUGGAGGUGCUGAUCCCCUCCCACAGGUGUGUACCUACAGCCAGGGGCUGUAACUGGAGGGGGAGGAGGAAGAGGCACAACCUUGAGGCUCUUUUUAAAUUACUUUUCUUGCAAACACUUCUUUCAGGAAACUAUGUAAGAAGUCAGUAUCCAAGUACCAUCUGAGUCCUCAGCCCUCUCCUGAGCUGGGAUAAGAACUGGCUUUUACUGUCCAAUUGCUUUCCACAUCCUUGGGGUCUUUCUCAAGAUAAAGUUAAGCUUCACAUGCCUGUAACUAUAAGGAACUGCCAUCUGUUCUUGCCCACUGGUCCUGGGCACUCCAGUAUUUGAAUGGGGGUGGUGAGACCAAGUUCACGUUUAGAGAUGUUAAAGUCUAGAUAUUCAUUAUACCAUAUCCUUCUACACCCCAGAGUUAUGGGUUUAGUGACUGUUGUUCCUUACCAGAGUUCCCACUCUGGGUACAAAAUGAACAAUACAGGCAGCUGUCUCUGAUGCGCUGUUGACAUAUGAUGGACCUUGUCUUCUCACUCACCCUGUUGGCCUCACCUUGCUCUGUGCUGAGAAGGAGAAAAGAGGUGCUGCUUGCCUGUCUUGAUUCCUCUCUGUCUUGACUUCUUUCCCCUGCCUUUCACAGGAAGUUGGUGGUGGUGUUAUCAUUUCACUGCUGCUCACAGAAUGACUUACAAGACAAUUUAAAUACAGCAGUUUAUGCAGCAGUUAAAAUCCAUGUGCAAAGUUAAGAGGCAUGAGAUCACGGGCAUAAUCUGCAACUUUUAAACAGUGAUCUUCAAGUACUGCUGUGAUCACUCCCUCCCUCACUCAAAACUUUGCUGAUGCUGUCUUUUAUGGAGCAGCCAGACACUGGGCAUAAGUUUCAUUGAAUUUUUCCAAGAGAGUUUGGGCUAGGAAAGCCAUGUAUGCACUUUAUUAGAUCUAACACAUUACUUCUGCAACCACAAGAAAGGAAUCUCAACAAAAAAUAAUGCUUGUGAAUGAAUUCCUAGUGCUAAUGAAACUGUUAACAAUCUAGUCCAUGAUGAACUUCUGACUAUUCGGACACUAUGAUUUUCCAAAAAAUGGAUUUGUUUCUUGUGUUUAAAAGGGGUAAAUUGAAUUGUGUAGAUAAAAAGAGUGGGGGAAGCACAUCAGGGAUGAAGCUUCGUGGGAACCCUGAUAGUUGUCCAGGAAUGCCCUCUUCCCCAAAAGCUAGCAUCUCUCGGGUGCCAGCAGACUGAGGACAGAGGGGGUGCUUUGUGAAUAAGGAAGCCUUGCUGCCUGUGUUGCUGAACCCUGUGGAUCCAUUACAGUCAAGUCCAGCUUAUGACAUGGGUGAAUCAGAACACCUGAGUGUCUUGGUCUGGAACUGUGUUAGGAGUCUGUGGAGGACUUGGGUGGCGGCUUUAGGCUUUAUUGUGACAGAGAGGAGCACAUGUCAUGGACUUCUGCACUGAGGUGGGAGUGAGUUCCACUCAGGUCAGCAAGUAAAAGUGUGAAUGGCUUUGCUUUUGCCAGCCUUAGGGCCCUCUCAUCUGUUUUGGACCAUCAGCUUUCCCCAGCAGAGCUGAUGGGAGCUGCAAUCCAAAACAGCUGGAUAGGCACCAGUUUGGUGAAGGCUAUACAGUAAGCCUGAAAUUUAUGCGGGGUGUGUGUGUUUACAUUCUGGGGAUAGCACCGAAAGUCAAAAUCACAUAUAGUCAAAACACGUUGGAGGAUAUUGUGAAAGUGCCCCCCCCCCCGAUGCCUGCCCCCCCCAAUUUAUUUGCCAAGCACAUAAAGCUGAAUUUGCACAAAUUAAAUAUAUGUAAUUUACAAGUAUACUGUAUCUAGUUUCUGAAGCUGAACUAAUUAGAGCCCUCCUAUAUGAGUUGCUCAGUUGCUUGUUCCUUUGCCUGCUGCCUCCACAGGAUUGGCUGUGAGCUUGGUGGGCCAGUCCGCUGUUGGUAUUUAAUUCUUUAGAAUGGCUGUUUUCCAUAUCUGAGUUCUUUGAAGCUGCUGGUCUACAGAUGAAAAGAAAUACACAGCUUAAGAUCCUGAUUUGUGUGCUGCCCCUGUAAAAGGCCAAGCUGGAGAGUGCUUAACUUGGCAAGCAUAGGUGACGGGAACACUGAAGCAGCCCUGUAUCCAUUCAGACCAUUGGGCCAUUGGCUCAGUAUUUUCUACCCUAACUGGCCGUGUCCCUGCAGGGCUUUCUUUUGGGGGGGUAUUUGCAGCACUACCAGGGAUUGCACCAGCAGGGGAAAUGUUUUCUGCUAUAGUGGUAAUUUCUAAAUGGUUUCAUUGGCAGAGUGAAUGUGAGGAAACUGAACAGUGAAGUGUUUGUUAAAAUGUUACAUAUUUAUUUGUUUAUUAUUAAAUUUGUUAGUCACUUUAUAUUUCCCAAGGCAACCCAAAGCGACUUACAGCCAAUUACAAUUCAUAUUAACGUAUCUAUGCAUUGUCUAAAUCCUUUGUAAUCUCUGGCACUAUAUUUAAAACAUGUGAAUAAGCUAUUUUGUUUCUAUGGAUAGAAGACAACUGGAAAGUGUUCAUGUCCCCAUUUCCAAGCCGAGUGGACACUAUGUUAGUUAACAUUACAGUCUCUUUUUCAGCCCCAAUUUUUUUUUUUUACUUCAGUUGAAUCCAUGUUGCCCCCCUGGUAUCUCCAUCCUUGGCAGUAUUGCUGUUUAUUUCUUCAUUUUUGCCCCCAUUCAUUUCAAUAAAACUGCAGCCAAAUUCUUUCCCUUCUGCCCCUUGAACAAGAAAUCCCCUUGGUCUUUUUGCUGGUAACGAAACCGGACUUGCUACUUAGCAUCUGUUGUGGAAGCCUGAACUCUAGGGAGGACAACUGCUUGACCUGGAGUUCCUGUAGGGCUCCAUUGUGGGAAGAUGCAAAGAGAUGAGCAUCUUGAUGCAGAAGUGGGGAUCUUGCCACCAUGGGCAUAUCUCUUUCUAGUGGCUUCUAAUCUUGCAUUUUGAUGGUUCAAUGCAAUUUAUACCUGUGAAGCCAUAGAAGUUUCUCUAGCUCUGCAAAAGCCUGCUCUGACUCGGAUUCCUCAAUCUGGCGCUUAAUAGAUCAGUGGCAUUCUGGGUUUAUUUCUUUCUGGAAUGUGGAAAGAAGGUGUGUGACUUCUUACUAUUAACUUCUGGUGGAAAGAUCUAAAAGCUGUGAGAGGUUGCUAACCAUUUGUUCUCUGAGCUUCCAUCUGCUUCAUUAGUUCAUUGUUUUCAUAAUACUGUUUUGUUAUCCCUCCUGCCAACUCCAUUUUUUUUUAUAAAAGAACUAAAUUAGCUGCAUCUCAUAUGUUUUAGUUAAGUUACAUUGUCUGGGUUGGUGUAUUUUAUUAACCUGUGGGAUUUAUUUUGAUCUGCAUCACAAUUUUUGUUUUACAGAUACGCUGUGUUCGUGUGUGUAAUUUAGAGAGAGCAAAUGAGAAUAAACUGUUUUGUUGGCUGGCUGCAGGCAUAAACGUCUUGUCUGAUCAUUUUCUUGUGGUUAGGAGGAGAGAAAAACUGUUUUUACUCCAGUUGUACACUGACCCAGAUGUGAUUAUGAUAUAAAUGGGAGGGGGAGGCUCUCAAAGAAGGUCCACACUUCUCGCACAGCUGUAGCUUCCUUGUGCCUUGAGUGUUCUUCUCCUUUUACCACGGUCCAAGUGUCUGAAGGCCAUGCGGCCCCCUGUCAUGAACUUGUGUGUGAUAGUGAUGAUGGAAAUAACUGUAGUCUUUUUGAAGAGUUUCUGUUGUCCAUAGUUGUUCUACAAACCUCUUUCUUGACCUUCUAAAUAUUGGCACCUGUCUUCUUUCUUCUGUAAUUAGAUGAAUUUGAUGCCUAUAUCAUUGUGUCCUUCGUCAAUGCCACCCUGGUACUGUCUAUCGGAGAAACUGUAGAGGAGGUUACAGACUCAGGAUUCCUUGGUACUACGCCCACCUUGUCUUGCUCAUUGUUGGGAGAUGAUGCUUUGGUGCAGGUAAGGGGCCUUUUACCUCUUCGUGUUCUGCUUGCCUUUUACAGCCAGGCCCCUUGGCCUUCUCAAGAGAUGCAAGGAGAGAGGGUUUGGUUGUGGUGCUCUCCUGGCAUGGAUGGGGUGGUGGUAGCUAAUUUAAUAGCUGGGACCUGCAAACUGGCUAGAGGAUAAGGUCACCUUUAAGGUUGGGAAAGGGUUGUUUCCAGAGCCUUUCAAAGUAAGAUUCCCUUGGUGUUCCGCUCUUACUAAAAACAUUUAGUCUUCUACUGCAUUAUUUUAACUGGUUGCAUAGACUAAUAUUCCCUGUGAUUUUUGUUUUGUUUUGUUUUAAAGGUAGAUAGGAGCUUGUGGAAUCUUAAUCAUUUACCUUGGUGGCACUUUUCAAGUUGCUGUUUGUUGACCUUGCCCUCUCUCAGCUAGAUAUAAUGAGAGCACUUGAUGGUGAACAGCAGAAAUUAGUUGUGUGAAUGAGAUAAAGAUUAUAGAUCACUUUGCAAACUAAAAAGCUGUAUAGGUAGGCAUGGAAAUCUUGCCAUGUGCUUGUGGCAAAUGGGCUACAGAUGAGCAGGCUUAGUAAGCUUUUGUAAACCAGAUAAGAGGUGCUGGUUCUUCUACUUCCCUUGUUGACCUCUGGUGUGUCCAAAUGACAGUAAAAAACUGUAUGUGAGCAAGCAGUUUAGGAAAAAAUUAAAAAAGGCUAGGCUGAUAACUUCUGUGAACUGACUUGCAAGACUAGCUUAAUAAUGGAAAGAACAGCAAAGGCAGUUCCUGUCAGAUGGACUCACACAGCAUCUUAUUUCUGUAUUUGUUUAGGUUUAUCCUGAUGGCAUCCGGCACAUCAGAGCAGAUAAAAGAGUUAAUGAGUGGAAAACACCAGGGAAGAAAACCAUCGUCAAAUGUGCUGUGAAUCAGAGACAAGUGGUGAUCGCACUGACAGGGGGAGAGCUGGUCUACUUUGAGAUGGACCCGGUACGUGAGCUUAGCUGGAGGGAGGUGUGGUUUUCAUGAGGGUUUGCAGACUAGACUUGCAGUGGAAACAAAUGAGAACUGCACCACAGCAUUAUUGGGCUCCUUAUGUCACAUUCCUUCAUUUCAGGGGUUCUUGUGCAGGAUAACAUUCAGGUGAUUUGUGCCAUUUGGGUGGGGUGGGUGUUUGGGGGUUGCUUUGGUGGGCCGUUGCAGAGACUGGCAUAUUUUUUAAGACCAGCUUAUCUCUGAUAAACUUGGUGUUCUUCAAAGUGCUCCAGGCUUCCUACCUCAAAAGGUCAAACAAGCAAGGUCACCUGUCAUCAUACAUGGUUCAAAGAAUUUAUUGCACAGCUCUUGAUCUGAAAUGAGUCUGGUUCUGCUAAUCCAGGUGUGACUUCCUUCCUCCAUUGUGCCUUUUUUCCACACCAGUCAGGACAGCUGAAUGAAUACACAGAGAGGAAGGAGAUGUCUGCUGACGUGGUGUGCAUGAGCUUGGCCAAUGUUCCCCCAGGAGAGCAGCGCUCCCGGUUCCUUGCUGUUGGGCUGGUGGACAACACUGUGCGCAUCAUUUCCCUCGACCCCUCUGUAAGUGCUUCCUGAGAGUCGCUUGCCUGUAGCUAAGCCUUUGCUGACCCGAAUUAAAGUAUUGUAACCAAAACUGCCCUCCCAAAAAAAACUGAGUGAGAGGAAGUUCCAGGGGUGGUUAGCAGGGCUUUCCUUUCUUUGGAUGUGAGAAUGCACUAGACUGACUUUGGUUUGUUAUCUAAUAUGAAAGGAGAGCAUAUUGGAAGCAAGCAGACUCAUAAAGUGGGCAAUACAACUUCUGGUGCUUUGUCAGAAACUCAAAGGCAUGGCUUACUCCUCCAGUACCCCAAUAUGUCUUCCAGUUUUAGCUGACUCCAGCUGAACUCUAGCAUGCUCUUUUCCAAACCCAAACUGCAGUUGCUUUCUCUCCCCUCCCCUUCUUUUUUUGAUACCCCUGCCUCUUAAUUUGAAGGUUCAGGCAUUCCAAAGGGCUUGAUGCCAGUAAGGAGCAUCAAGCCUCUGGUCAUGCUUCAGUGGCCAUAUAAUAGGUCAAUUCACAAUAAUCAAGGUGUAUGUUGUACAUGAGCUUUCUCCAACCUGGUGACUUUCAGAUGGUUUGAACUACAGCUCACCCCAGCCCUAGCCAGUUUGGCUGAGGAUUAUGGGAGUUGUAUUCCAAACUUUUGGAAGAUACUGGGUUGCCUAAAAGAAGGCCAGAGCUAAAAAUGAUUCUUUAAAGACUUCCUCAGAUGAAAUGAAUCUUCCCACAGAUUGCUCCAAAUGGAGAAACACUUUGAGCAGGUUGGCAUAAUCAACAUUGCCAUGUGCUUCUUCAGUCUUAUCUCUUCAGAGUGCUGGGGUGUGUGGUUGAAUGCCCUCCUACAUAGAAAAUUGGCAGGUCAGCCUAGUCUUCUCCUUCAAAUGUGCCAGGCAUUUUUGUACAAAGGAGAAUUCAGCCAUUUACAGUUCCUCACCUGAUGUCUGAAUAAUAAUAAUAAUAAUAAUAAUAAUAAUAAUAAUAAUAAUAAAAUUUAUUUAUAUCCCGCCCUCCCCAGCCGAAGCCAGGCUCAGGGCGGCUAACAACAAUAAAAUAAUACAACAUUCUAAAAUCAUUUCAUUAUAAAAUUAAUUCAAAUCAAAUUGAUGGCAACCAUUGGGCUAGAGUUCUGUGAAGACUGCCAAAGGAGGGAGUCAGGCAGUGCCCUGGCCAAAGGCCUGGUGAAACAGCUCUGUCUUGCAGGCCCUGUGGAAAGAUGUCAAGUCCCACAGGGCCCUAGUCUCUUGUGACAGAGCAUUCCACCAGAUCGGAGCCGCAGCCGAAAAAGCCCUGGCUCUAGUUGAGGCCAGCCUAACCUCUCUGUGGCCUGGGACCUUCAAGAUGUUUUUGUUUAAUAGUAAUAAAUUUUAUUAUUCAGGGUUCAGGGUAGCAACAAAGACCUUAUGUGUUAUGCUUUGUUCUUUCUCUCUGCUUUAGUAAUGGUGUCUUCCUUCUCCAUCCCUUAGGACUGUCUUCAGCCGCUGAGUAUGCAAGCUCUCCCUGCCCAACCAGAAUCACUGUGCAUUGUGGAAAUGGGUGGAGCUGAGAAGCAAGAUGAGCUGGGAGAGCGGGGCUCGAUUGGCUUCUUGUACCUGAACAUUGGCUUGCAGGUGAGCAGUUACUGCCCAGAACCUUUGCUAGAUCCUUGAUAUAUGGGAUUGGACCAGGUCUUGCUGCAUUUGACUGGACUGUGUGGGAAGCCAUAUUCUUGAGUUCGUACAACCCUAUAGAGACGCAUUCCACACACCCUCCCAGAAGGGAGCACUGCAUCCCUCCUGCCACCUUCUUCACUCUUCCAGAGCUCCCGAGGAACGGAGCCCUCUCCCGCUUGAUUAAGGCAGACUCUAAUCCCAUUGUGAAGGAUACCUUCUGUCUGCCAGGGAGGAGGGUGGAAGUGUUAGAGCUCAUCUUCCAGCGGGUCGCGGGUCUUUGUAUUUAGGUGGGAAGUGGGAGUAGCCUACACUUUAAGCGGUUUCACAAAAAAGCCUUUUCUUAGUUUGUUAAAGGAGGAAACAGCAGCUUUGUAGCAGUGUUGUGCUUAAUUUUGUACAUGCCAGAGAAAACCUGGAAAUAGUAAGACUUCUGGAGUCAGGAGCUGAAGAUACAUUGGUAUUCUGAGUUCAUCUGGUGCCUCUUUUUCUCUCUGCCUUCCCUUGUCCCUCUCCCCCCACCUUGCUUUGCUCAUCUGCCCUUGUAACCCAGAACGGUGUACUUCUCCGAACUGUCCUUGAUCCAGUUACUGGUGACCUCUCUGACACAAGGACCAGGUAUCUGGGCUCGCGCCCUGUGAAGCUCUUCCGAGUCCGGAUGCAAGGCCAAGAAGCGGUGAGUGAGCGGGGAAUCAGAGGAGUGCACUCAUGAAAAGCUGAAGGGGGAGGAGCAAAAACUUCAGGAGGACUGUGAAUCUGGUGACUAAGAUCUUUUAGAAAUUUGGGGUGGGAUGAGUUCACAACUAAAUUCCUUGUUUACCGUCUGGUACAGAGGGAAAAUACAUGCUAUUGGAUGGGGAGGGUGAGUGAGGGAGAAAACAAGAGUGUUAAUGAGGCCAGGGGAAAGGAAAUAUCUUGGCCUUCUUCUGGGUCCUGCUCAUUUUAGCUGCUUGUGGGAAAGGGAGGGGGACAUUAAAGAAGGAGGAAGUACUCAAUGUCCUUUGUUUGCCUGGCUCUUGCUGCUGUAGUCAUUGCACCUGAUUUACAGAGUGCAAGGUGUUUUUGAAAGUUGGUGAUAAAGUAGCCAGGCUUGUGGCCUUCAGGAUCAUAUUGUUGUAGAGCUGGAAGGGACCCUGUGGGUCAUCUAGACCAACACUGUGCAAUGCAGGAAUCUCAGUUUGGCCCCCUCACAACUUCUCUUAUGCUGCUGGCUUGGGGACUCCUAGAGCCUGUAAUUAGUUCUGCCCUGCCCUGCCAACAGAGCCUUUGAUUGUGGACUGCUAGGAGGAGAAGGCAGCCAGCUGGGUUCCCAGAGGUGUGAGCUGCUCUGUCCCAUUUGCUGUUCUCUCCCUGAAUUUUCUCUCUCUUCUUUUCCUCCUGCUCCAGGUGCUGGCCAUGUCAAGCCGUUCUUGGCUGAGUUACUCCUAUCAGUCCCGCUUCCACUUAACACCCCUCUCAUAUGAAACGUUGGAGUUUGCCUCUGGCUUUGCUUCCGAGCAGUGUCCAGAGGGCAUAGUAGCCAUCUCAACAAACACACUGAGGUUCGUAUCAAAAUGCCAGCGGUGGGAAAGGAAACAAAUAAUGGAACCUGUUUGCCUUCUCUCUUGGCACACAGGACUGUCUGUCUGUCUUGCUUGUCUGUCCCAAGCUCCUUCCUGCACAAAGCAGGGGCAGCUGGUGCCCAAAAGGGUUGCCCUGAAUGCCUCCUUUCUACAUGACCUUGCAUGGGUAAGGUGGCUUACCCACUCUGCAUUGAGUAGCUUGAUCUGGCCUCCUUCCUAGUUGCUCAAUAUGGGAGGGAGAGCUGUACAUGGCAGCCACCCACCCCCUGCAACCCACCCGAAGCAUGACUGGUUGUUGGGAGGAGAUUAUUCCUUGGUGGUAGCCAGUCUGUGGAGUGUUCACUUCAGAGGCUGCUCUACUUUUUCACAAAGCAUCAGGUGGUUCUGAAAUAGCAGCCAUGUUGGUUUUGUUGUAGGUCUACUUGAUCUCUCUUCAGGGGCAGGAGGCAGCUGUCUCUCCUGAUCUUGAAUACUAAAGGAGGUUGCCUGGCAUGCUGAUAUCCACAGGCUUUCCUGCAUGAAGCUCCAUAGACUACAAAGUACUGUGAACUGGGUGUCGGGUGGCCAUUGUAAAUAAGCCUGCAAAAGUAACUAGUCUCUAGCCAUCAUGCAAGUGCAGGUGAAUAUACAACACUCUGCCUUCCACUAAGCAGACUGAAGGAGGAGGGGCACAAGGACCCUUUCCUCCUGUGCCUUUCACUCACACACUCAUGGAGCUCCCCAUCACUGAUGGCUACCAGGCAAGUUGUCAGUUUUCAGGUUGAAAAUGUCCCGCGUCUGCUUGAUGGAAGGUAGUUCAUGCCAUAGAUGCCGGCCCACCAGGGAGGCUCCAUUGUUCGGCUUGGAUGUCCUUUUAGUUCCUUUAAGGUGGCUCACUGGGAUAAUCUUAAUGUCUGCAACUUUUUGGCUCCCAUAGGAUUUUGGCCCUGGAGAAGCUUGGAGCUGUCUUCAACCAGGUUGCCUUCCCGUUGCAGUACACUCCUAGGAAGUUUGUCAUCCACCCUGAGAGCAACAACCUAAUCAUCAUUGAGACGGACCACAAUGCUUAUACUGAGGCCACUAAAGCCCAAAGGAAGCAGCAGAUGGCGGAGGUAACAUGCCUGGCGUCUGCCGGGGGCCUAGCUCUCACCAAAGAAGGGCAGGGACAGGAUUCUAUGAGCUGGAGCUUCUUUUGAGGCUGCUGCACUUGGUGGGGAAGUUGUUGCAACACAGUGCAGAGCAGUGACCACUUUCCUUUCUAGAGAGGAGGCUAGUCUGCUUUUGUAACCCAUGGAAAAGCUCACUUAUUUUCUGCACCUCAGUUAGGACUGCCUAAUCAUCAUAAUCACAAGAAGCAGUGAUGGCCACCAACUUUGAUGGCUUUAAAAGAGCAUUAAACAAACUCAUGGAGCAGUAGAUUAUCAGUUGCCUACUAACCAUGAUGACUAUAUUCUGUCUCUAUUGCCAAAAGCAGCAUGCCUCUAAAUGCCAGUUGUUGGGAAUGACUUAGGUCCUGCUUGGGCUUCCAAGAGGCAUCUGCUUUGGCCACUGUGAGAACAGGAUGCUGCACUAGAGAUAGGCAUUACAGUCCUUUUUUGCCCCCUUGUGCUUUGCAGGAAAUGGUGGAAGCUGCAGGGGAAGAUGAGAGGGAACUAGCUGCAGAGAUGGCAGCAGCGUUUCUGAACGAGAACCUUCCUGAGUCCAUCUUUGGUGCCCCAAAGGCAGGAAAUGGACAAUGGGCGUCUGUUGUCCGGGUGAUGAACCCCAUCCAAGGAAACACUUUAGAUCUAGUCCAGCUGGAGCAAAAUGAAGCCGCCUUCAGGUAAGGAACAGUGUCUGCACCUCUGAAGCAAGUUACCCUUUUGAAUGCUGCCCUUUCUGCUAAAUAAUGGAAAUACUCUUUAUACUGGGUCAUACUUUGGUCAUACUUGAAGUACACCAGUCAAACCAAAUAUUUACUUAUGCUAUUGUUGCCAGAUGACUCUAGGAUCUAAUUAAAUAAAGCAAAAAUGUGGUCUACCUGAAGUUGUUUGGGGUCUUGAGACCAAUGCUUGGCAGUCAUUUACCAUGAUCUGCUCAGCUGACAAUGGCCCUAAUUACCGUAAUUUUCGCUCCAAAACACGCACUUUUUUGCUCCUAGAAAGUAAGGGGAAAUGCCUGUGCGUGUUACGGAGCGAAUGCACUGGGUCGGAGUCAGUCAAGCAAAGCGGGAGUCGCUUGCAGGGCUUUGCACGGCUCUAGCUUUGCUUGCUUUACAGCCAGGAGGAGGGGCUCUCUGAAAGUAAGCAAAGCGAGAGCCGCUUACACGCUCUACGAGGCUCUCGCUUUGCUUGCUUUAAAGCGACCUACGGCUCGGAGGAGCCGGGGAGGAGGGAGGGAAGGAGAGCCAUGGCAGCAAAGCGGGCAACAGCCGCUUACACGGGAGGAGGGACAGACGGGAGCCAUAGCGAGCUGGGAGGAGGCAGGCGGCUCGAAGCCAGCAGGCGCUUUUAAAGUAGCCAGCAACAGCUGCUGCAGCCUCAGCUAGCAAAGGUCCGCGCGCUCUCUAAACGGAGCAAUGAGGCUGCAGAGGGACAGCAGGGCACAGGAGGGCUUGGAUCAGGAAGGAUAAAAUUUAAGCAACCAGCAGCAAAAAAAAACAACAACCUGGAGCUCUCAGCCACGAGCGCAGUGAAAACCAGGAAGUAAAAAAAAGGCUGGGGAGGGCACGGAUGAGGGAGAGGGGAAAAAUAGGCAAAUCCCCCGCUUCUCAGCUGUUUACAGGCAGGAUAGAUUUGAGCAUUGUCUGGGUCCUAGUGCCCCUAUCGCUUUUUUGUGCUCCAUUCUAUUGCUGCUGGCUGCUUAUCACUGAUACCAGUAGCCACGUGUACAAACAAAGUAGAAGGCUGCAAGGAGGAGCGCUUUUACACAGCUAAUGGCGAAUCCCUGCAAUCCAAGUCCUCCUCACUUGCUCAAAUCUAUUCUGCCUCAAAACAAGGAGUGGAAGGAACAGGCUGCAAACUGUUAAAUGGAAAAAACCCCAGGCACAGGGCAAAUACCUUAAGUAUACCUUUAAAGCAACAGUGCUCUUUUCCUCCCCACUCAGCUCCCCGAAAAGCUCCUUCUCCACACACCCCACACAUGCUCCUUGUCCUUGAGUGCUUUUCCUUCCUCCCCACUUAAAACGUGGUUACAAAGCACGGAUCCACAUGGAUCCUCAGGAUUUUUGCACUGGGUCACCCCAAAUUCACCAUCGGAUCACAUAGCAUGUCCAUGGCUACAGCCUGCACCAAAAAACACACGCACCCACUGUUUCAUGGGGCCGCAAUGGCGCAAAAACGUGGUUACAAAGCAUGGAUCCACAUGGAUCCUCAGGAUUUUUGCACUGGGCUACCCCAACUCACCGUCAGAUCACAUGUCUGUGACCACAGCAUGAACCACAAAAAUCAUACAUCCACUGUUUCAUUUAGAAUAUUUUUUUCUUGUUUUCCUCCUCUAAAAACUACGUGCGUGUUACGGUCAGAUGCUUGUUAUAGAGCGAAAAAACGGUAAAUCUCAUUCAGUUUGCCUAUUGCCAGACAGAGGGCCUUCUCAGUAGUGGCACCCAACCUGUGGAACGCCUUCCCAUCAGAUGUCAAGAAAAUAAGCAACUAUCCUAUUUUUAAAAGACAUCUGAAGGCAGCCCUGUUUAGGGAAGUUUUUAAUAUUUAAUGCUGUAUUGUUUUUAAUACUCGAUUGGGAGCCACCCAGAGUGGCUGGGGAAACUCAGCCAGAUGGGUGGGGUAUAAAUAAUAAAUUAUUAUUAUUAUUAUUAUUAUUAUUAUUAUUAUUAUUAUUGCAUUUCUAUGCUGCCUUAGCACAAGCAAAUGGUACAACAUACUCUUCACUGCUGCCUUCCCCCAAAGAGUUCUCUCUUGCUCUUUGUUGCUGUGAAGCAACUGCUUCUUUUGCCUUCCCAGUCUUCCCUUGUCUUGUCAAGUAACGUUAUCGUUCUGGCUCUCUACAGUGUGGCAGUGUGCCGAUUUGCCAAUGGUGGUGACGACUGGCAUGUUCUAGUGGGCGUAGCCAAGGACCUUAUCCUGAACCCACGGUCUGUGGCUGGAGGCUUUGUCUACACCUAUAAGUUGAUAAACAGUGGGGAGAAGCUUGAGUUCUUGCACAAGGUGAGAAUUCCCUCCACAAGUGGGUUGGAGGGGGAGGAAUCUGGGAAGAUGAACAUGGAUGGGGCUUGCCAUGAGGUUGCUAAAAUGUACUGAUGAGACCCAACUCUUUGGGAUGGAAAUCUCUUGGUUGGGAACAGAAGACCAUCACUGUUAGUAACUACUCCACAAAUGGUUUUCCUUCUGCCCACAAACAGCAGCCAGAUCAAAAAUCACAUUGGAUUUUGCCUGUGAUUGCCAUGCAAAAUGUAUGCACAUUGCUUGCUGCCAGGGAAAUUUGAGCAAUUAUAAUAAUGAUGUGACAGUUGCAGUUAUCUAAUGGACAUUUGAAGCAAAACAAGCAUAGACCUGUGAAUGGGUCAUUUAUAGGUGAUCUGAUUUGAGCUUUUGCAGACCUGAUGGUGGUUGCUGAAUACUUUGGCUUCUGCUGGCGUGAAGAAAACCAACAAUGUACAGAGCACUGCAAAAGUUGAAUUCUCCCUCCUUGUUGAUACCUAGCAGCCUGGACCUGAGUGGAGGCACGUUCUUUUGUUGGGCAGAAGCUGAACUAGGAGACCCCUUCCUAGAGGCAGUUUGUCCUCGUUGGCUUGCAGUGUCAAUCUCUUCCCCAGUAGAUGCAAAUGGGUAUUUGAUUCAAGUGAGCCCCAAAACUCACUGGUGGUGGAUCUGUAUCCUUUGCCAUGGCUGAAACUUGCCCAUCCUUGUAGUCGUGGGGCGUCAUCUAUGCAGUGAGGGUACUAUUAAUGAUCUUUGUUUAGUCUUCUUGACAAAGGCUUCUUCUCUUUCAUUUCCUUUCUGUUCAGACCCCAGUAGAGGAGGUACCAGCUGCUAUUGCCCCCUUCCAAGGCAGAGUGCUCAUUGGCGUGGGGAAACUCUUGCGGGUCUAUGACUUGGGCAAGAAGAAGCUGCUCCGGAAGUGUGAGAAUAAGGUAUUUAGAACAUUGUGUGUGUGUUUGUGUGCGCAGAUCUCCUGGAAGCUGCAUUUCCUAAGGCAGACAUACCCUGUUGCUUUUAACAAAUUUGGUUGAAACCUUUGAACUUUUUUCAAGUUGCAGGGAAACAUUCUCUUGCCCAGAGCUUUGGCUUCCUUCAAAUUGCUUAAGGGGCAAGUCUUCAGGGCUGUUUACACCCUUAUUAUAUUUCACUGGAUAGAUAAUCAUUUUCUUUCCCUUGGGAAUAAAAUUGAGAAUCUGAGGCUCAAAGGUGUGGUCUUGUGUUUAUGAAGCUAUGGCCUGUGAUUCACAUAAGGUGAUAGUUGAAAGUUUUGGAUUUUUUCAUAGUCGUUCCUGACACCAACUUUAUAAUGGUGUAGUGAAGCAUCUGCACAAAAGGGCACAGUGCAGCCUGGAGCCCUCCAAAUGUUUUGGACUGCAACUCUCAUCAGCUUCUGGCAGCGUGGCCAGUGGUCAAGGAUGAUGGGAUUUGUAGUCCCAAACACCUGGCAGGUGCUGGGUUAUAGAAAGUAGAAAUAGGAAGAUUUUCAUAUUUCACAUAUUUGCUUUUACCUUGUUUGUUUGGCCUUCUGAGUAUUUCUAGAAUCAAGAGAGCUACCUAGAAUGAUGUUAGCACUGGUUCUCGGUGCACAUUCAGAUAUAGAAAGUGAUCACAGAUAAGCAAUGUCCCACCUCCCCUUUUCUCUCUUAGUUUUAGAAAGCGACAGCUGUUGCACUAUAAAUGAUCAUAGCCUUGCAGAGAGAUGCCAGUGAUGUUCAGAUUUCAUGUGCAUAGUGGUUUAGGAAGGGAUUUGGGAGCUUGCCUUGAACAGCCUCCCUUUUUUGCUUUUUGAACUGCUUUUCUGAAUUGCUGUCGCUUCCCAGCACAUUGCCAACUACAUCUGUGGGAUCCAGACCAUUGGGCACCGAGUGAUUGUCUCAGAUGUCCAGGAGAGCUUCAUCUGGGUGCGCUACAAGAGGAACGAGAACCAGCUGAUCAUUUUUGCAGAUGACACCCACCCCCGCUGGGUCACCACUGCCUGCCUCCUCGACUAUGACACAGUGGCUGGGGCUGACAAGUUUGGCAACAUCUGUGUGGUGAGUCAGCCUGAAGGCAGCCAGGAAACUUCUGGGGCUCAUUUGAGAACUGUCCUGCUAUUUUGAUUCCCUGAUGCGGGAGACGCCAGUGAAACCCCUGCCUUUUGCUUUUGCUAAGCACCAUUUAGCUGGUGGCCUGUGAGACCUUUCUCCCACACUCACACGCUGCUGUCAUGGGCGGUGGCAACUUCCUCUGGACUCUUCUGCCAAAGUGCACACCUUGUGACUGUUCUGUUAAUGGAGACAUAUGCUUUGUUGCUCUCCUUUUGUGGCCUGGAUUACACACCACAGUCAGCCCACAGCUAAAAACAGGCUGCGGAUUUAUGUGGUUGUGUUGGUGCAUGCUGCUGAAAAGUUCUUGCUCUGCUCCUCUCCUGCUGCUGCUGCUGCUGCGACGGCUUGUUGUGACUUCCAGACCUCAUCCUGUUGGUUUGUUUGCUUCCAACAAGCACAGCCAAUGAGUCAAGAACAAACCUUGGUUAACUCUCAUGGUUUGUUGGGGGAGAAACAUGCUGUGAACCCAGGUUGGGGCACUCACUGUGGUUUGAUGUGACAUGCAGAGUGUUUGCUUGUUUGGGCUUUUCUGAAUUCAUGCUUACAACACCUUCUAGUUAUUCCCAUUUGCCUCUGAGGCCACGCGUGAGUUUGACUCUCUUGAUGCCUCCUCCUGUAGGUGCGGCUGCCGCCCAACACAAAUGAUGAGGUAGAUGAGGACCCAACUGGAAACAAGGCGUUGUGGGAUAGAGGCCUUCUUAAUGGGGCUUCUCAAAAGGUAACUUUGGUGUAGGGAAGGGGGUGCUUCCUCAGGUGAGAAACUGGAGGCUCUUUCUAGUUCUCUGGUUAUUUAUUAACUUCAUUACCUGCCUUUUUCUGGAACCAGCAACUUCCUUUUUAAGAAUAUAUAAAUCUAUGCAUAAAUCUACUGAUAAAAAACAUGUUACGGUGAAUUGGUUUUUAAAAGCCAGAGUAUCCGUAUGGAAUUAAUAACAUGUCUGUCUGCCGGUUGAAGCCUGAAAGGGCUUUUGAAAUUAACUUCUGUGUCUACAUAAAUGCAAUGUGGAGCAGAGUUAAACCCCUGCAUAGAGUGAAAUUGUACUCCUGUGGUCAAGCAGGUGCCUUUGGAGCUUUGUAAUUAGGGUUGUUUGUAGUUGUUUUUUUUGUGCACAAAGGAAUAGAGAUUUUUUAAAAGUUCACAGAAAAAUCUCUUUCGUGUUCUUGAAAUGCUGUCACAUGAUACAGGCAAAACUUUUGUGAUUUCCCCCUGCUCUGUUUUGAGAAGUUCCUGGGGAUAGGAGGGACAGUUUUCCUUUCCAAUAGGGGAACAUUGGACCCCUGUUAGUUAAAUGAAACUUGAAACAGUAUGGGGGAGAAACAACCCAGGACAACUGACCCCAUGUAAUUGUUGAGCCAGUAUAGGGAGUAUGAAGUGAUUCAGGUUUGCUUAAUUUUUUAUUUUAUUUGCAAUGUCUUCUGGGGUUCAUAGCACCCCUGUUACUGUAGGAGAGGUAACCCUCCUACACAAUUUUAUUUUUUACACUUAGCUAGCAGGAAGUAAAUUUUAAGACAUAUUUCAACAGUCAUCCUGUUUUAGGGGGGGAUAAUUUAAUUGACACUGCAUUUUAGAAAUGUGAAAUACAGUCCUAAUGAAAUACUGUGCUCAUAAUGGAAGGAGUCCAAUGUACUCCAGUAGCCUAAUAGCACCUCCUUCCCCAAGCAUUACACAUAGGAAAUCACUGUUGCAAGUUUGCAUUAUAAGUGUGUUUAGAAAUGUCCUCACCAACCACUGGAAGUGAUAAAUGUAGGUUUUCUUUGAUGAAAAUGAGAUUGUCUGGAUUUAAUGCAUUAUCUUAGGUCACCUGCUGAACUCUUGCUUGUCUUCCUUUCAGGCAGAGGUGAUUAUGAACUACCAUGUAGGGGAAACAGUCCUCUCCCUGCAGAAGACGACUCUAAUCCCCGGAGGCUCUGAAUCUCUUGUCUACACGACCUUAUCUGGGGGCAUUGGCAUUCUGGUCCCAUUUACGUCACAUGAGGUAGGAAGUUCUUGUAUGAUGAAAAUAUUAAGAGUUGUUCAUCUACAUAGUGCAGCAGGAGCACUUAAUGCCCUGCAGUAGUGACAGUGAGUUAUGGGAGGAUGGAAGACAAAGUUGAAAGGGUGGGGAAGCUAUGCCACUCCCUGCCCACAGUUGGCCUCUUGGCUCUUCCUUGUGUGGAUGAGAAAUGGAUCUGCUUUAAUGCACGUACUGAGCUUGGCUGCUGUUGGACCUCCUGAGCUGCCUAUGGCUCUCUUUGCUCUCUGUAUGUCUCCCCCCUCCCCAAUGCAUACACUGAUACCUGGCAAUAGAAUGUACUCUAAAAACAUUUGCUGACACAGGUGACACCCACAUUUGCCAGUUGGCUCUGCCCAUGAGGCAUGACAGAAUGAAGCAGAGCUAAAAAGGACUCAGGGAAAUUUUGGCAUUUGGUUGCCCAAGGUACAAAUGGGCUGGGCUACUUGUUAGAAGCAUCUGUCCAAGGAAAGGACUGGGUGACAUAUUUUACAGGAAUAUAUGGCCCCCGCUCUGACUCACCCUCACAAGUUUACUAUACUCAGUUAUUAUAACUGCCAGAAUGGCCAGACAUCACCCCCCAAUCAGAUUAAGAGGCUAAUCAUAAGCCAGCUAGCCAAUAAAGGUCCAGGAGAAGACAUGAGCCCAGUGGAGAUUUAUAAGAUAAAUCUCUGGAUUUCUGGUCCCCAUUUUUGCAAAACUGUUUUCAUAUAUUAACAGCUCAGGUCACAUACCGGAAGGGUGGAAGCUGAGUAUAAUUGCCCCAAUAUAUAAAAAGGUUGAUAAGAAAAAUCCUGCCAGUUAUAGACCCAUUAGUUUGUUAGAUGUAGCCUCUAAACUAUAUGCCAGGCUCCUUCUUGGGAGACUGGAAGAAUGGGCAGAUACAAAUAAGGUGAUAUCUGAAAUCCAGGCAGGUUUCUAAAGAGGGAAAUCCACAUUGGACCAGUGCUUUGUGAUGAACUUCCUGCUAUGUAUAUACAUCCUUCCCCAAAAUGAUGCAUGCCUGCCUGCAGAGGACUCACUCUCUCUAGGACAGGGGUUAGCAACCUUUUUCAGCCGUGGGCCGGUUCACUAUCCCUCAGACCAUCUGGUGGGCUGGAUUAUAUUUUGAAAAAAAGAUAUUGAAUGAAUUCCUAUGCCCCACAAAUAACCCAGAGAGGCAUUUUAAAUAAAAGCACACAGUCUACUCAUGUAAAAACACACUGAUUCCCAGACCGUCCGCGGACCGGAUUUAGAAGGCAAUUGGGCCGCAUCCGGCCCCCGGGCCCCGGGCCUUAGGUUGCCUACCCCUGCUCUAGGAAAUUUGUUCAGGUGGUGUGUUGUCAACUAGUGUACCAAUCACAGCCGCUCCUCUUCUCAAUGCUGGCACUGGGUGUGGCCUGACACUGCUGCUUCCAGCUGUUUUCCUUUCCCUUUGAUGGCGCUCUCUCUCUUUUCAGGAUCAUGACUUCUUCCAACAUGUUGAGAUGCAUCUGAGGUCUGAACACCCUCCUCUCUGUGGACGAGACCACCUCAGCUUCCGCUCCUAUUACUUCCCAGUGAAGGUAGGCUGAGUUUGUGGGUCUUCUAUGUGUCCAUCAUAUGCUAGUAAACACUUGAGCUCUGCUCAUGGGUAAAAGUUGCCAAUGUGAAGGCCAAAUUUCCCCCCUGCAUUUUAUGCUUUGGUCAGAGCAUCUGCUUAGGUUGCUGGAAUGGCUUUUCCAGGACAGGAUUCUGCGUGCUAAGAAAGGUAAUCAGCAAUGGGGCAUAUAUGUCUACGUGAUUCUCUGACUUUUUCUUUUUCACCAUCUGGGUGGUUUGUCUGAAUGGACGUUUAUCUUUUCCAAGUGAUAUGUAUAGAUUUCAAGCCCCCUCCCCGCGAUUCCCUAUUGCAGUUCUCCCUGGUGAUGGUAGCAUCCUGUUAGAACUGACCUAGGUAUCAAGGUGGGUCUUCUUUUUUCUUGGGAAACCAUGGCCUCUUUUUCUGUAUGCUUUGGGUCUGCUUUCUGUGCUUGAGCCCAUUCCCUCCUUCGUUCCAUGGGCUGCAGCUUCUAAAAUAGCCCCCCACCCUUUCUUUCUCUUGCUAGAAUGUCAUUGAUGGGGAUCUGUGUGAGCAGUUCAACUCCAUGGAGCCCAACAAGCAGAAGAACGUGUCUGAAGAGCUGGACAGGACCCCACCAGAGGUGUCCAAGAAGCUAGAGGACAUCCGCACCCGCUAUGCUUUCUGAGAGGCGCUUUUUCAGGGACGUGGCUGGGAUUCCUGUUCCAAAGAUGUUUUGAAGGGUAUGAGCUUUUUUGGCCAGUUGCUCCCACUUUGGUACUCUUGUUUUCUUCCAGUGACUUGAAAGUCCAACCAUGUCAUCAACCUGUUCUGUCCAUGCUGUUCCAGAAGUCAGUCAGGUUCUCCCAAGUGGCGAGGCCUCCCCUUUCAGGUGUGUUUCUGGCUCCACGCUUUUUACAGACAGUUUGGGUGCUGCACCCACUACCGACCUGCCCUUGGACAAGGCCCUGCUGCCCUUUCCUUGUCAAGUGAGCUAGCUAGAUGAAGUCCCCUUUUCUGAGUUGGUAAGAUAUGAGCACAGGGACGUUAGGGCUCCUCCUCUUCCAUUGGCCAGUGUCUGGGAAGCCUUGUGGGCGUGGCUGGUGUAAUUUUUCCAUCCUGCAGUUUUUAUCUCUGUGUUUGUAAAUAGAGUCUUGUACCAAGUUAGCCUUUUGUCUGCUGAAGAGAUGGCCUGUGUGAAACUGGCCAUAGAUUUUUCUUUAAUAAAACCCAGCAUCUGGAUUAAAGGUUGGCUGAUAAACCUGUUUGGUGACUUCUCUCAUGAAUUUUACCUGUUCCUGGGAACAUGAGCUAGGGAGGAGCUCUGCCAAUGGCACAUUAAAUUCAUGGGAGGAUCAAUCUUGUCAUUCAUUUUAAAAUGAUGCACUUCUUACCCUUUGGGCUGCAGAGGAAAGCCACGUUUCCCUGCACUUGCAGUGUCCAGUAUUAGGCUCUGUAUUUCUCUAGAGAUCUUACUCUCCAUUUACUCUGCUGUGGAAGACUUGUUGAGCCCUCUCAGCUGUCCUAAGGAGGUUUAUACUUAAGUUCUGGAAUUGUCUCCCAACCUACCCUAGCCUACCCCUUCAGAGAAGAUAACAUUGCUGUUAUGUUUACUUUCCUCAAAAGCAAACCUUUUGCACUUGCUCCCUCCGAGCCAUUCUUAGGGCUGCAUUACAUGUGAAUGACAGAUCUCUUUGUUUCUGUGGUGGGCUGACUACUUGUUUUAAAUGUAAUACAGGGGUUUGAUUCAUCCGAGUCAGCCUGGCCCAAUAGUCAGGGAUAAUGGGAGCUGUAGCAAAUAUUUGGAGGGCACAGGUUCCUGACCUCUGGAGGACAGUGCAGGUGUCUAUGGAACUUGUGACUGGCUGCAGCUCCUAAACACAGAUACUUGCUUGAAGAGAUACAAAUGCCCUUCAGAUAUUAUGGGGACCAGAUGUUUAGUUCAAAAUGUGCUGGCUGCUGAGAGACCAGUGUCUGGUUUUAAUAGUCGUGAGCUCACCUUUAGUUGAGGUCCAGCUAGAAAUACAGUGGAACUGGCAGUACAGCCCCUUGGUGGAAUGGGCACUUGCCGGAUCAGGCUACAGAGAACAGUAUUUUAUUUAAGCCCAAAGCCAGGUGAUUUCAGAUCUAGAAUUGGGUCAGGCUUUCUGGGCCUCUUUCAAGACUUUCCUGGUGCUUCAGGUUGCUUUUGUUUCAAAUGUCUUCGCUGAACAAUUACUUUAAAGUGCUAUUUCUCCUUCCAUGUAUGGAUGUGGGAGUUCUGGAUUGGAUAUCAUCCAUUUCAGAAGUAGAACUAAGCAAAUUGUCUUGUCAGCUGAAAAUCUCUAUAUUUCGGCUUUGGGUAGGCGCUGACAUGCUGUGUCAAACUGCCACACUGGACCUUUUCUGACUCCAAGAAAAGGAGAGCCCAUCAGAAGGGAGCCAGUAGCCAGUGAGGGAUUGCGGAAAAGGGAGCAAUCUGUGUCUGGUUGGGAAGUCUCUUGCCCUCUUAGACAAGGCCAGAGUGGAGCAGUGUGUAGCCUUUGAGGACUGCUGCUGCCCAGCUGCCUCACUAAGGUUGGGGCUGGUGGAGAGGCCUAACACAGCCCAGCCUUGAAAUGGUUCAGUGAUUAGGGGUGGGGAUUGAUGUGAAGGGCAACUGUCAGUGACAAAGACUGUGGUAAAGCUUGCUGUGGGGAAGAACUAUCUCCUAUGCUGCUAUAGUGGAAGCUACAGAAAUAAUACCCCUCAGACUUCACCCCUGUUACUUCUCCACAUACACAAGCAGGCACACUUGGAUACUAAGCAGCUCUUUAGAUUCUAUGGGCAUGGAAAUGCUGGUUUCUUGCUACAAGGUGCUGGAAUUAUGCAAAUGGCUGUGAGAAGAGAGAGGGUUGGGGAUUGAUGCACUGGCUGGAACUGAAAUCAGCAACGCCCAGCUCCUUUCUCCUAGUCCAGGGGCUGCGGCUUUAGAGCAACAGCAUUAGAAAAAGAAAGGCCCCAGAAGGCUAAAAAACAACAACACAUGCUUAUUGCUUUCCAUUUGAGAAGAUACAGAGAGAGGCAGCUAUUGAUUGCUACCUCCACUGUUGGAGGCAGUGUGCUUCUGAAUGCCAGUUGCUGGGAAUCACACAAGGAGUUUCUAUUGUGCUUUGCCCUUUGAGUUUCCUACAGGCAUCUGGUUUAUCUCUGCCAGAGCGGGAUGGGUCCUACAAUCCAGCAGGCUCUUAUGCUCGUCUGAAAUACACCUUAAGACAUCUCUCUAAGAACCCCUACUAGGCUAGAACUAUAGAAGCUGGUGCUUUGUUUUUAAAAAAUACACUUACCUUUCCAUUUCUGUAACCAUAAAUUCAGAAUUGGAAUGGCUGGGACAAAUGUGUGUUAGCAUUUGUGUUGUGAUUCCAGGAGGGUUACAGGUAGGAAAACCACCUGUGGAUGUUGUGUGCCUGGCCUGAAGAAACAACUGCUUUGUUCCUCUUACGCGUAGGAGAGUAAGAAUGGGUGGGAUGGGGUGGGAGGAACCAAUUUGCGUUAAUUACAGUACAACUUUUAUUAAUACUGGAAUCUUCACAGUGCAUUCGUUACUUGUAGCAGUGACUAUUUUAAAUGAAGGGAGAAGGGAAGGAUAAUUAACUUUAAGAAUGAAAGAGGGCGGGUGGGUAAGGCCAGGGCUGCUAGCAAAAGGGGGGGGGGUAGGGUAAAUAAAUUAGAAAAAAAGAACAAGUUAACAGCACCAGAAUAGUUAACAUCAGUUGAGAGAGACAUUUUAAAGGGUUUUUUUUCCUCUGUACAAAAUAAAAAUAAAAAGCAAAAUGCAAACAUUUCUCACGCAUUGUCACUGUUGUCAUUUCUGGCCAUGACAGGGAGGAGGGGGGGCACCCACAGGAAGGUUGGUUGGUUAGAAACUAAACUGUUAUUACUACGACAGUAUAAGAGUUAAGGAGGCUACAACGUGACACCCACGCAAGCGCACAUAAGACGUCUGGGCUGUGGGGAGGGUGGAGGGGACUGCUGUGGCUCUAUGUACAACAACGACAACACCAGGCCCUGCUGUGCCUUGCAGGGGCUAAGGAUGGGGAGAAAGGGGGGAUCCAGCAAGAGGGAGCAGGCGCAGUUGUGCUUUCUCAGAGGCUUCUAGGCUCCCCAGCCCUUGCAAGGGGCCUUGAGUUGGCUGCUUUGGCCACCUCGUGUAUUCACCACCACUGUGCUUUGCUCGUGCCUCACCACACAACACUCAACGCUGUCCACAGCUGUGCUCUCUCUCUACUUUAGAAAGGGUUGUUGACCACCAUGCUGCUGCUAUGAGAAAUGUGGUGGCAUCUCUCUUGGAAUAAUUGUCACAAGCCCAUCUUUCAUUUUUUUCUUUGCAUGGGUAAGUGCUGUACUCGAAUGCCUGGCCAAUCCAAAGACAAAGGAAGCCCCCUAAUGUCUAGCAUGGGCUCUGCCUCCCCCACUUUAGCAACCCCAUAUGUGCUACAUCUGUGCUGUUCAGUGAUCCUUGGAUACUCGACAGUCCCAGGACAGAAAAGCAAGACAUGCUCAUUCUUGAGCCCAACAAACACAAAAGGUGGAGGUUAUGCAGCAGGGGCCGUUUAAUGGACCCUCAUUUGUUGAGGAAGCUUGAUCUGUAAAGCAUGAGACUCUUAACCCAGGACCAGGCCCCAUGUUGGACAAGAUUUCUGCAUUGCAAAGGGUUGGACUAGAUGACCCUCAUGGUUCCUUCCAACUCUACAAUUCUCCGAUUCUUUCCUAGUCAAGCACAAGGAAAGGCCUCUCCCUCUUUCUCCCUCAUCUUAGACCACCUUAAUUCCCAGCCACUGACUUUCCCCAUCACUUUCUCUUUCUUUCAAGACUGUCCCCUUUCCCAACAUCACUUCCCAUUUGCCAACACAGCCGAUUUCUAGACUUUCUGCGACAAUAUCAGGGUGAGCACAAGGUAGAUUCAAGUCUCUUGCACUCUCCAGAUCUGGGUAUAAGCAGUUGUUAAAACAGUUGCAUUACAUAACUAAUAUAAAUAAACUCAAUGAAUUUAUCCAAACCCUUAACAAGUUGUUUCUGUGGGGCAGAAUAGGCAGGUAAGUUCCAAAUUUGGGGGGCAGGUGGAAGCAAGCAAAACAGCUUAAAAAGGUGAUGGGCACAAUUUGUAUUCCUUCUGACUACCUGGCUUGCGUGCCCUAAGCUUCAGCCCUGCUGAACUCCCAUCAGGCCCAGAAACCGGCCUAGCCCAUGGUCAGCAUUGAUGGGAGUCUUAAUAACAUUGGAAGGUGAAAAGUUCUCCAUCCCUGGCCUAAAACAGUGAGAAAUGUGGAUAUUCUUACAGCAGCUGCAUGGCCCAAGCUGGAGGUUCUGGCUGGGAGCUGCAAUCCAACUCAUGCUCCUUCAGCUCCAAGCACAGAGGAAGAAGCUGUGCUGAAUAUUCAUCUGGUUAUAAAUCUGGAGGCCAAAACCAGAACAAGGGAGCUGGCCUGUUUCUGUAAAUCCCCUCUGCCCCCAUUUUUAAAGCCUGCUUGUGGCAAUUCUUUCCUCACUUUCUGCUGGGGCACUUUUUUAUUAUUAAAUUACAGCAGUGGACUCUAAUUUCAAGAGCAGGUCAGGGUGAAUCGGGGAAUCGUACCAUGAAUGGGAUGUGCAGCAGCAACAUCGCCAAAGGUAAACAAACCAAUCGAGGGUUGGUUCAGCUAUUUCCCUCUCUGCAGAUAUCUUUUUACCCCUUUCAAAGUAUCCACCCAAUAUUGACAAAAUGGGGCCCCUUUUGAUGCUGUUGGAAGAGGCACCCUGCCACACACUCACAGGUUUAGUCAUAACCAUACCCAUACCUGGCCAAAACAGGCUCACAUUGGAAAAGGCAGAGGACACUGCCCCAGACCCAGUACUCCACCUAACUCAGCCUUGCCUAACACUGCUUGGCUGCAGCCUCCCACAACAAAGAUCUUUCCUACUCUUAUCUGGAGAUGCCAACAGUUGAACCUGGAACCUUCUGCAUGCCAAGCAGGUGCUCUACCCCUCUGCUACAGCCUUUCCAGUGACACCAGAACCUGUGAGCAUCAGUUUGACAACCUUUGGCCUUGCCAGAUGGUCGUAGCAGAAUUCAAGAGCAGACACCCUCGGUCUUUGCACACACCCUGGUUCCAAAACCCUCUAAGGCCCUCAGUUACCAAAGUCCUCCACUAACAUCCACAAAAGGCUUCUUUUGCCCCUAUAUCCACUUUAGCUACAGCUAUUCCAGAGCAACAGCUGUCCACCUUCACCUUUCCAUCACUGCCAAUUCUGUUCCCUCCCACCCACCUUCAAGGGAGAACCAUGGCCACUGCUCUUACCAAAAGGUUCAAGCCCGGUCCUGAAGUGGCACUGAGGGCAGGUCAACAGCAGCCCAACCCCCGGCCUCUCAGAUUACAGAGCUCCUACCCCACUUGGGACGAGAGCACAAUCCUCUUCCUGAAUAUAACCAACCUGCCCAUUCCUCUCCCAGUAGAGCCAUGGAGGAAAGAGAGACCGAUAAGUCUGUGGCUGUGACUCAGCCUCUUGUUGGGGGGGAUUGGGCCCUCCUGCCUGGUCACAUGCCUGCAGGUUGUCCACUCCCUGCCCCUUGCACCCUCUCCUCCAGCUGCGCAUUUGGGAUCCACCAGGGAACACGAGAGGCUUCCGGGAUUGUUCACGGGGGUGUUAACUGCUGCUUGUAAAGUCUUUCUUGAAGUAGCUGAUACAAACAGAUGGCAAACAGAAAAUAACUGGAAAGACAGACAAACAGACAGACAGACAGAGAGCUGUGAAGGAAGGAUUCAGCACAGGACUAACAGUGCAUUUUUUUGUCCGGAGGAGGUGGGUGCUCUCUAGGAAUGGCAGCCUCCAUUUCUUUGCCAUGUGCAAGUGUGUCGGGGUGUGUGUGUAGUUUAUACUAAGAACACUGUAGUUGCUAGAUCCAGUUCAGGUUUUCACUCCUCCCUGACAAUCAUGGAGCAAGGGAAUGGCCUCCCUCCUUGUGGCGGCAGCAGCAACCGGUCUCUCUGCAGGCCAGGAUGAAGGAAGGUGCAGGAGGGGAAAGGAAACCUGGGCAGGGCAGCAGAUGAAAAAACAAUGUGUAUAAAAGAGGCUCCAAAACCAGUUCAGUGCCAGGCUGUGCCUGUGCAGGUUUGUUAGCAAAGGCAUAUAGAUUAGUCUCCUUUAUAUCUAGACUCUGACACGAUCUCCAUAAAGUGGCUUUGCCUUUUGUGGUUCGUUUACUUCUCUUCCAUUUCCCCUGGUUUAGUCCUGACUCUGGUUGCUCUCCAGCCACAGGGUGGGCACUGAGCAGGCGCUGGGGAAGAGUCCAUCACAAAAACCGGGGCGCCGACCUGUCAUUGGUGAUGGUCCUGCGAAGGCGCACCCCACGCCGGAUGGCCACCAGCAUGUCUUCCGCCGGAGGGUCGCUGGAGGCUGCCGGGGGAGGAGUGGGUGUCUCUUCCCCGGGACCGAGGGCAGAGACCCCCAUGGGGAAGGGAAACUGGCCCUCGCCAAGGGCAUGGGCACUGGCCACCAGCUCCCCAAUCUUCUCCACCAGGCUGUGUCGGUUGGCUGCCAGCUGCUGCUCCUCCUCCUCAGUGGAGAGGUGCUUCCCGGCGUACACAGAGAUCUCCAUCACGUUGCUGCCCCAGGCGGUGUUUGGCAGGCUCAGCCUCUUGGGUGAGGCUUUGGCGAAGUCCAUGGCGCUUGGUGAGGCAUCGUCAGUGUAGAACACACAUUCCUCGCUGCCCACCCGGGUGGGGCCGGUGUACCCAGGGGAGUCAGGCACUGUUGGCGUCUUGACAGGGACGAUGGGGGGUCUGAUGGGAAUGGGGCCGGCGUUGGAGAGGGUUCGGCGUACCGUGGGCUUGGUGGAAGGUGUGCGGCGGAUGGUGGCCACCCCUGGCGUGGCACCGGUGGGCAGGGCAGUGCCGGUGGGCAGGCCAGCAGUAGAAGCAGGCCGCUUGGUCUGGAUCAUGCGCCGGUAAUUCUGGGCAAUGUUGCUGUUGCGAGGGAUAGUCGAGGAUUUGUCGAAUUCGCUCUGGCUCUCCCCUUCCAUGUCACCAUUCACGGAAUAGCAGUCGUAAUCUGAGCCUGUGGAGG